UAGUUCACCAGUAUUUACAUUUGUGUAGGCUCCUUUACUUCUAUGCUGUCAAAAAAUUAAUUAAAUACAAACAUCAUUUUCUUUUUAUGAGAUUGAUGUCAGUAGAUUAAAUAUAGAAAAAUGCCUUCAAAAUUUUAUUUAAAAACCAUUGGCAUAUUUUCUCAAUAACAAUUACAACUUUUAUAACAAAUAAAUUAAAAAUUCAAAAAGUUGGUUAGAUUCCGUACUUUGUUACUGUUUGGUUGUGUCACCGUUUUAGCAGACUAAUAUUUAGUUAAUAUUCUGGUAUAAUGGGAUCAUACAAUAUUUUUAUAUAUUAAAUCUGCCAUCAUAAUUAUAUUAUUUAUAGUUAUAAUUUUAAAAUUUAUUAAAACGAUUAUAAAAGUACACAAACAUUAGUAUGAUGGCUCGUUCAAAUAAAAAGCUUCGUAACAAAGCUAAAUUACUGAAAAACAUCGACGAUUUCAAAGUUGUUGCAGAUAAAACUACUAAAAAAGAAUAUAUCAAUUCUUCAGGAAUUGUCGACAAAUUAGAAAAAUGUAAUAUCAAAGAACAAAUUACGUUAGAAACAGGUAUUGAGUAUCCUUUAGAUCUUUGGUUUCUCUUAUCAGAAUAUAUAAAACCAGAAGAUAUUGGAAAAUUUGCAAGUAUCUGUAAAAGUUCUAAUUAUGUUACAAGAACUGGUAAAUUUUGGUUCCAUCUUUAUAAACGUUAUUACAAGCCGCUACCACAUUUACCGGAAAGAUUACGACCUGAAUGUAUGGUACUGUUACGUGGUCUUAGAGCUUGUGUAAUCAGAACAUUACAUUUAACAUAUUUUUCAUCUUUAGAUAGAGUGAAUAAAAACCCAUAUUUAGAACAAGAAGAACCACAUUCUUUAGUUAAAAGACGAUGUUGUCUGAUGUGGCACAAGAAAGGGGAAAGUCAUUGGUACUUUUUUUUCAAGCUCAAGAAAAUUGUAAAUAGUCAUAAUAAUGCAAAAAAAGAAAAUGUCAGUAUCAAUAGUAAUGAUGAAUUCAAUGUACAUAGUAUGCUAGAAGAAGUUUCAAUAAAUACAGAGAAUAAUUGCCGUGUAUUACGAGUGACCUGUAUAAAUUAUGGGAUGAUACCGUUAGUAAAUGGACUCAUUCUUCAAUCCGUUAAAAUGGAUUUAUCACCAGGUUUUAAACAUCAUCGACUUCAUUUAAAUUUCUCUAGCAAUUGUAGCUCCAAAAUACCGACUCAUGUAGUUAUACUAAGUGGAGUUGUUGAUUGUAAAGUUUUAGAUUGGUGGCACCCAUGUUAUCCACAUCACGAUCGAGCUAUAGAUGUUUCAUUGCCAUCUGUUGAAUUUUGGGAUUUCUAAAAGUUUAUUUUGUCAUUCAUUUCUUCAUGGAACUAAUCACUUACUAAACUUUUAGUUCAGUUAUUUCUGUUUAGCAUCUUACUAUCUCUAGCAAAUUCGAAUUACGGUAAAUUACCGUAAAAUACCGUAUUUUACUGCAAAUUUGCCGCAUUUUAGAUAAUUUGCUGUAAAGAUACACUAAAGUAUAGCAUAAUAUCGCAAUUUACGUUGAUGUUAAAAUUCCGUAAUAUUUCCAGCGGAUUUGCACGAAUACGGUAAAAUUCUGCAUUUUUACCAAAAAUACUGCACUUUUUACCGCAAAUACCGCAGGGUCGCUGCAAAUUUACGGUAAAUUAACCGCGCGUCUGCGGAAAAAUAGUCCGACUACUGUAACUGCCAUAAUUUACCGCGAAUGCCGUAACUUCGCGAAAUUCCUUAUUUAACCGCAAUUUUUCGAAUGCUGUAAAUUACGGUAAUUUUACGUAAUUCGGAUCCGCCAGAGAUGUGGGACCUAUACAUUAUAUUGUUUACUACGCGAUGCUAUCAAAAUAUGAUACUGAAGUUAACAGACAAAUAAAAAUUUUCGGAUUUUUUUUUUACGAAUCAAUCACAAAAAAAAAAAAUCUAAAAAUAUGCAUAUGGAGAAAAUUAAAAAAACCACAAGUACAAUAAAAUCAUUUUGUCUUUUAUAAUUUAUCAUUUUGAAAAAAUUUCAAAAAUUAUUAGACGUUGACUAACUUCAGUAUCAUAUUAAAAUAAGUUGACUAAAUUAUGGUAAUAAAUUUAAAAAUAUAGAUGGUAGUUAGACAGAAGGGGAAGACGUCUAUUGGACAGGUUUCAUUUGGAAAAGUAACCGCUAGGACAUAUCCCAAUAACCCAGAUCCCUAUUACCUGAAUUACCAAUUACUAAUAAUCCCGAUGACCCAACUUUCCAGUCACCUAAAAUCCUGAUCACCAGUAAUUUCAAUUACCAAUACUACCAAUUACCCAAAUUUCAAAUAAUCCGAAAGUUCGAUAGCUUAAUUUUUUUUCUUAAUCAGAAACAUUUGUGACAAGACAUUCCGAUUGGACAGGUUUCGUAACCUCAAAGUAAAUUUCUUUGUUAUAUAACAAAGCUCAAAAUGGAUUUCUUUGUUAUGUAACAAAGAACUCAACUUUGAGCUUACGAAACCUGUCUAAUCGGAAUGUCUUGUCACAAAUGUUUCUGGUUAACAAAAAAUUAAGUCAUCGAAAUUUCGGAUUAUUUAAAAUUUGGGUAAUUGGUAGUAUUGGUAAUUGAAAUUAUUGGUGAUCGGGAUUUUAGGUGAUUGGAAAUUUGAUUCGUCGGGAUUAUUAGUAAUUGUUAAUUCAGGUAAUAGGGAUCUGGGUUAUUGGGAUAUGUCCUAACCGAUAGGGGUUACUUUUCCAAUUAGAACCUGUCCAAUGAACGGCUUCCCGACAGAAGCGGAAUCGCAAUUAUUUUGACUUUCAAAAUUAUAUCUCUAAGGUUUUUUUCUACAAUUUUUUAUUUAUUUCAAUGGCUUAUUUAGCUUCAAUUGGUAAAAAAUUUAAACUUUGUGAAAUCAUAAUUUUUUAGUAUUUUUUGAAAAUUCGAAGAGUAGAAAAAAAGUUGGGAAUUAAUUGUAGCGCUCAUACGUCACUUUGAGUUCUUCCUGAAAUUUCCAGCAUUUUUUAUUAUUCGACCCAUCAAUCAAUUAUUCAGUUGAGCGGGUUGAAAAAAAGUUAUAAAAAGAACCAUAAAAAAAUAUUCUUACCUGCGAAAAUAUAUGAAACUCUAUAAUCAUUUAAUUUCUUCUAAAAUUAUGAGAAAUAUUAAACUUUGUUAAUUAUGUAACUGAUUUGUUAAUUGAUAAGUUA